UUCAGCUCGGAGGAGAAAUCGGAUAGGGUGAGUUUGUUCUCCUUGGAGGGGAGAAGUCCAAGGAGCGUCCUAGUUCCUGGUUGAGGUACACAGAAGGACUCGUUGCACCAAAGGGCCUGUUUCCGUGCUGUAUCUCUCUCUAAUUCUAAUUGUCCCAUUGCUGUGGUGUCUAUAACUGGAGGACUUGGACUUAAGUGUUGCAAGUACUUUGGGAAACCUGUUCCAUCAGAAUUCUGCAGAUCUGACCUUUGGCACCACAAAUUACUGAAUUAUGUGCACACCUGAAAAGUUCUCUGAGUGUUAUAAAACCCGAUUGCAUGGAAAUAAAUGCAAACAUCAUGAGUGCCAGCAUAAUAACCUGAGCAACACCGAGAGCAGCAGCUAGCAACAGCUGCAGUCCUAUGUGGUGUGGGUCAACUCCCAAUUAAAGAAAAAGCCUGGAUUGAAUCCAGUACAAGACUUGCGGCAAGAUCUGCGGGAUGGAGUGGUGCUAACUCAUCUUGUGGAGAUUGUGGCUGGUGAGCAAAUCAGUGAUGUUUGCUUCAACCCCCGCAGCCAUAAGGAAAUGAAAGACAAUGUUGAGAAAGUGCUACAGUUCAUAGCCUCCAAAAAGAUUCGUAUGCACCAGACAUCAGCUCGUGACAUCGUUGAAGGGAACUUGAAAUGUGUGAUGAGACUGAUUUUAGCUCUGGCAGCUCACUUCAAACCAUCUGGUGUUAGGUCAGCCAGCCAGAGGUCUGCAGUUCUCCUGGGGAGCAAGUCUGCUGUGCCACUGGAUAAUCACAGGCCACUUUCUGCAACAGCUAUGGUGCAGAGUGCUGCCGCAGCUCUCGCUGAGGCUCGUCAAGAUGUUUCGCGGUCUGGGCGGGAGGUAUUUCGAUACAAACAGGAGUUUCAGAGCUUCGAGGAGGAAAUUGGAAGUCCAUCCUGGAGUGUUCGAGCAAUGGUGAAACAGUAUGAGGGCCAACAGAUGCCUUUAUCACCACCACUUUCACCAAGUGUCAGUUCAGCAAGUCCAACAAACAGUGCAAAGCCAGAAUCUGUUUCCAGUCAAUUGGAUGAAGGAUUGGAUUUAUCUUCCCAAAAAGAGGAAUGGGAAUCCAGGCCUGAAGACAAUAUUGAAUCUCCAUGGAUGUCUACAAAUUCUGGAAAAUCCCACGUGAAUGACAGUCACUCCCUUUGGGAGGAUCAAUUACUAGAUCAGCAGGACCAGUUGGGGAAGGAGAUGGAGGAAGCCAGGAAGAUGAUUUCCAUCCUGCAAGGGUUACUACUGAAUGGUUCACUUCCUGAAGAUGAACAGGAAGGAUCAUUUCCACUGAGCGAGCAAGGAGCCUGUGCAGAAGAGCAACUGGUCAUCAUCAAGAGUCGUCUAGACCUAAGCAUGGAUGAAUGCCAAGAGUUAAAGAAAGAACUUUCAAAAUACAAACAGCAAACCAGGAAUCUACAGGGAGUGAAGGAUGCGUUGCAGCAUCGGAUGGCACAGCAGGAAAGCUCCAUCCUUCAGCUGAAGCAGGAGUUGCUGCGAGCGAGUAUGGCAAAGGACGAGCUGCUGAGUGAAAAUCUUGACCUUCAAAGGAAGACUGAAGAAAGGAACAGGAUCAUUGGGGAAUUUAAAAGGGAGUUGGGUCAGAAGGAUCGACUAUUUCAGCAGCAGAAGGUUAAACUGGAUGACACUCUGCGAAAGCUAACAGAAGCCACUCACAUAAAGAAUGACUUGCAGAGAGAGUUGGAACAAAAGGAGAUACUUCUUCAGCAGCUGAUGAACAGUGGGGAUGAAGAGACAGAGGACCUUCAGGUGGUACGAGAUUCACUGCGAAGUUUACGUAAUAGCUUCGCUGGUCACGAUCCUCAGCACCACACAAUCGACACACUGGAACAGGGAAUCUCAAGUUUAUUGGACCGAAUGCACGUGGCCCAAGCACAGGGUAGAGGCGGCAACAAAACUCCUGUGAAAAAUUCAGGAAGAGGAUCAGGCAUGGAGAGAGAAUCCUGGCCCCCAAAUUCCACACCUCUGCAUUUUCACAACAAUCCUGGUCUGAGCAAUCCUGUCUUCACAAAGGUGCUGUACUUCACAGAUCGAACCCUUGUACCGUUCAUGAUAAACAUUCCAAAGAGCCUUGGAGAGGUGACUCUUAAAGACUUUAAAGCAGCAAUAGAUCGGGAAGGGAAUUACAGAUAUCACUUCAAGGCACUGGAUCCAGAAUUCGGCACUGUGAAGGAGGAGCUUUUCCAUGAUGAUGACAUCGUUCCUGGUUGGGAAGGCAAAAUAGUUGCCUGGGUUGAAGAAGACAGUGGCCACAGUAGGUAGAUUAAUUCUCUCCUCCAGUUUGGGAGAUUGAUUCCUUUUUUAAAAAACAAGCAUCUGGAGAAUACACACCAAAGAGCCAAAAGACACCUCUCGUCUUCACGUCCUCCUUUGCCUUCAGGGUGGAAUCUCGUGCUGUGCCAACUACCAAGUGUGGUCUGGAGAGAAGAGUGUGAUGUAAAAGCUUUCCAAGGCCGAUGCCUUGCACUGAGAUAGUCUGGUUGCUGUAAACUGGCGUGGCUUCUGUUGGUCACUGUACCAGUGUGCAAUUGUAAUGCCAUAUCAUAAGCAAUAAGUAGAAUGUGGCUUACAUCAAUAUUGUGCAGAACAGCUUCGGUUUAGCUUGCUUUUGUUACACCCUCAAAGCUUGGAGUAUCUGCACCUGUGGUUACUUUUAGCUGAGUAGCAGGUUUGCAUCAUAUCAAACCUUUUCAGUUUCACGUAGUUUAAAAUCCAAACUCUGUGACCAACCUGUAAAUAUCAUCUUUAUCAUUUGUUUCCUCUGAACACUUUAGUAUCAUCGUGGUGACACCAGAGGUUUCUCAGCUGAAUGGUUGGAGUCCUGAGCAUCAAGGUUUGAGUGAGUGAUGCUAAUUAGUGUGAUGUGAUGAGCUGCUUCUGGUUUCUGGUGGGACAGCUUCAAAUAAAUGGCCAUUGUUUUACCUGCAUCUUGUUUCUUUGUCAAGCAUAGUUUAUGGCAGGGACCUUCCUGGCUUGUUAGCUGCAAUAGGUUACUUAAAAGGGUCACCUUCAACUGGAGGUAAACAUCAGGUGAGGUGAACAGGGAGAGCCAUGAGGUGAACACACAUGCCCCAGUGCACCAGCUGCUGUCUGGUUGUGGAAUAUCUGUCCUCUCCUGAAGCAACAUUGAGUCCAAUGCCCACACGACCUGUAUUUAAUGAACUUGUAAAGUUGACAACAUCUGAAGAGUUCCACAAGGUGCCCUCUGAAAUGGCAGCACAUUCAUCAUUACAAAAUAAAACACAGAAACAAAUGCAAUGAUGUUUUACCCAUUAGAUUAUUAAUAUCAUGGGUGCAGAGUCACUGCUUCCAUUCUGUUGGCAAUUGGCAACAGCCAGACCCGUCAGAGACCCCAUCUCUGGGAAUCACAGAACAACAAGGCACAGGAGAUGACUGUUCUGCAUGUUGCUCUUGUGCCUGUUACUUGAAAGAAGUAGUCAUUUGUUCCAUGUUCUCUGAUCUUCCUCACUGCAAACAAAAGAAAUUAAAAAGGGCUGAAGCAUUAUAAGGCAUUUGAGAAGGUCGUAAGAACUUUCUGCAAGAAUCACAGAAAGAUUUGGAUUUAGUAACUUUGUUUUAGAGUUAUCUGUAGUGACAGGAACUAAUCAGUUGUAAACUGAUUGCCUAAAGUGAAAGGCUUGCUGGCUUGUGCACAUUGGAAAGUGUGUUUGUUCUCAGUUUAACAAAAGUGAGUAGCACACAAGUACAUGUGUCUGUGAUAAUUACGCCUUACAGGGUUUCACUUUGGUUACACCACUAUAUUUUUUAAAUGGGAUGUAGAAUUGUGUUAAUAAAGAAAAAUUAAUGCCAUCAGGGCCUUGAGCAGACAACUGAAGGAUUUUGGUGAUUUCAAGUUAAGAAUUUGGAGAAUUUUUACCAACACCACAGAUUUGUGCAAGUAUGAUUGAUUUUUAAUGUCAGCUAUCCUCUUAGCUUUUUUAAUUUUUGUAAGUGACCAUUAUGCUGCUGAAAUUGGCCAAUAUUUGGAAAGUUACUUUAUUGAACUGGAUUUUGAAGUAACUACAGUCAAAUCUUGUUCACACAAAAUUGUAAGAACUGGAAAGAACCUUUUUAUAAUUGGAGGGUGACCUUGAAGUUAGUUUGAAUUACUCUUAUGUUUUUCACAAUGGACUGAUUUUUUUAAAAUACUGUAUGUUUUGCCACAGUUUUUGUUAUUGUAUGUGCUGGCACAAUAUUUAGGAGGUUCACAUGGCACUAAGCAUUUAUUGUAAGUGCCAAAAUGAUUACUGCUGUGCAGUUCAUUGUUGUAGAGCUAAACAUUCCAAAUGAUGCAGUGCGAGUAAUUCAUGUGUGUUGUAAAAGGCUGUUUUGUUGCAAGCAAGGUUGUUUGAAUUGUGUACACAUGACUGGUCCUUCAAAGCCUUCCAAAGAAACAUGUUUGUCAUAAUGUUAUGUGACUGUAUAAAAUUAACUGUUUUAAAAAAAAAACUUGCAUUUUGAAUAAAAUGUGU